GCCAAGUCCGGCCGCCGAGACUUGCAAGCUGGGACUCCGAGCUUGGGAGAAGCUCCGCAGCUGCGCAGCUUUCCUACCUAGCCGAGAUUCGAGUCAGCUCACCUAGCGCCGCCUUCAAGCUCUAGAGCAGUGUUCGCUUCUUGGUCAGCUCUGGUCGCACCUGGUCGCACCCAUACUUUCCUCGUAGUGACCCUCCAUUCUAAGCGCAGGUCACCGAAGGCAUUGAGGCGCUGCUGUGUAGAAAAAGGAGCGCGAGAGAAGAAAGUACUGCCUAGCCUGCUUUGUUAGGAAAGAGGCGGGCUCCUAAACCAGCGCUCUUGUUCAGAAGAGAAGAUAGAGACGAAGAACUUGCUCGCAGUUUUUCGGAUAAUCGGUUGCGUCUGGUGCUAGAUUCGGAGACGAUUGUUCUAGAGCUAGAUUGCUUUUUAGGAAGACCUGAUAUCUGGACACCAUGCCUACCUUCAAUUGCUGCGGCAUCCCUUGCUAUAAGGUGGGACAUGACCCAAACGAACAUGCAUGCUGCAGUGGGACGUGCUGCAUGCGCUUCUGGACGUGCGCCAUCUGCUGGGAGUGCUCUGAGGAGAAGGUGCAGUGCUGCUGCUUCUCGUGUCGAAACAAGAGCCACAGGACUACCACGGACCCUUACAAGAACCAUCAUGGGCACGGCAUAGCAACGACGGCCCCUCCGCAACAAGCCAUGGGUUAUCCUCAGGCAGGCUCCGCACCAUACAACACGCAUGCGGCAACUCCCGCAGGCUAUGCUUCUUAUCCUGCGGCAGAGAAGCCGGUGAAAACGACAACCUACUGACGAAACGGUACCAGAGCUAGAGCACGCAGAUGUAGCUUGAAGGGUGGCAAGCGGAAGGUGGUCAGCUAGAGCAUGCCACCAUGCAGCUUAUAAACACAGCUGCUGGCAUACGGCUUGCAGUCUGAGUGUCAAGCCAAGCGCGCGUAAGGGCAGCAAGUAACGCUGCUUUGUAAAAUAAGUGACAUGGUAGCAGUACCAUGAAGUGACAUGGCUUGCAUGGUGUACUGGUUUUAGUGCUUGAAGAGAACUGUCAGAUCAGAGGCAGAUUGCCAAGGAGUUCGAUGGGAGAUAUAACAGAUGAACGAUUUAUAUAUAGCGCAGGAUUCGAGAACGCGACUCAAAUUAGCAGGAGAUUGUUUACCUUUCAUUCAUGCUGACGGAGUGAAUAGGACCGUGCACCAAGGCUUAUACCAUAGCUCCAAGUUAUGGUAGUGAAGCAAGAGCUGACGACCAAUUAACUUAUCCGCACAUGCAAUUGGUGAACGAUGAAUCACACAAUCAUUGCAGAGCACAGACGAGGCACAGACGACCUAUAGCUCAGAACAACAGCUAAUUACAUUAAAAGGGUUAGGUUUUGUCAAUUUAGGGAUAUAAUGUGACAUGAUGACGGUAUACGAGCAAUACAGGCUGGUAGCUCAAAUGCUUUUAAGCCCAGUGUGCCCUAGUAAAAAUGUUGCGGCACUCUAUCAGUGCGGCACCGCUCGGUACUAUCAUC